GCAGCGUUCAGUGUGCAGCCGCGCGCUCCAUGCCGCGAAGCGCAGAUGCGGACGGAGUUUAUACCGGAAGUAAUGGCCGCGCACCGGAAGCGGAAGUUGAGCGGUUGACGUGUCCACCGGGAGUGCGGACUGAACGCAGCGGAGACCACACUGACAGGAUGAUCACGGACGUGCAGCUGGCGAUCUUCGCUAACAUGCUGGGGGUGUCGCUCUUCCUCCUCGUCGUUCUUUAUCAUUACGUCGCAGUCAAUAAUCCUAAGAAGCAGGAGUGAGUGGUCACAUGAUGAUCCAGCAGUGGCUCCGCCCCCCAUACUGUACAGAUAUUUUCUAAGUUUGAUGUUUUCUUAUGAAUGUGGAUGAAUAAAGUCCAGAUGUUGAGUCCGUGAA